UAGGCUUGGUCGGAGCAGGAGAAGGCGAGAAGGAAAGCAGCGAGCCAGCGAGGGAGAGCACCGCCGCCGCCGCGCCGCUUGCGCCGACGAGAUGAGCCUCUCACACCACCUCCCCCCGCCGGGGGACCCCUACUACGUGUACGCGCCGCACACCCACCCGGACCCGCAGCGGCAGGGGGUGCUCACGCUCUUCGUCGCCGGCCUCCCCGACGACGUGAAACCGCGGGAGAUCCACAACCUCUUCUCCCGCCGCCCCGGGUUCGACCACUGCCUCCUCGAGUACACCGGCCGCGGGAACCAGGCAGUUGCCUUUGUGUCAUUCUUCACUCAUCAGGCGGCUCUUUCGGCCAUGUCUGCUUUAAAUGGGUCUGUAUUUGAUCCUGAUACUGGUGACUGUUUGCACAUUGAGCUAGCUAAAUCGAAUUCACGUAAACGUCAUGGAGGCGUUGGGGUUUACAGAGUUAUUGACAAGCGACUUAGAAAUAAAAGAACUGGCCAUGAGAAUACUGGUGAUGAAGGUAAUGAUGAUGAUGCAUGGUGCGAGGAUGAUAAUGGUGGUAGUGAUGGAGAUGGUGGAUCCGAGGAGCCAUUGGACACAGAAAAUGAUGGUUUCGACGAAAAGAAUGGAUUACCUGCAGAACAGAGUAGCGGUCAACCAGGGCUCAAGCAGCAUAAGGGGCAAUCUCCUUCCGAUGAUCAAGCAGACAAAUUUUCAAGUGAUAUUCCACCGUGUUCUACUUUAUUUGUUGCAAAUUUGGGUCACUCAUGCACAGAAGAAGAGCUAAAGGAAGUUUUAUCUAAGCACCCUGGGUUUCAUUUGCUUAAAAUGCGCCGUCGUGGUGGAAUGCCAGUAGCUUUUGCUGAUUUUAUGGAUAUUGAAUCCUCUACAGCUGCUAUGAGUGCCCUACAGGGCACUGUGCUAGCUUCUUCAGAUGCUGACGGCUUGCAGAUUGAGUAUGCAAGAUCAAAGAUGAGGAAAAGCUAGAUAGCUAGCUACUACUUGUUCUAGAUGGGGAGUGACCACUGACCACAAAUGAUCGAACAUGAACGCAGCAUUUGCCAUUUGGCAUCUCAUACCCGCCAGUACAUGUAAUCGCCUGACUACUAGGCUGUAAGUGUUCUCUUUAUUGAAUUCUAAGAAUAUAGGCGCUGGGCAAUCAGAACACAUGCCACAUAGGAAUUUGGGCGUUAAUUUGGUUUCCCUCUCGUUCAGAAAUUUCUGUCAGAGUGAGACUUGUACCUCUCGUUUCUAAAAC